CCGUACUCCAAUUUUCCAAUGGAUGUCAUCUGGCAUCAUCUCAGCAGGGGUAGCUUCAGCCACAUCGCUUUUCACCCCGAAAUUUUUACUAUUGAACUUCAAUCUUCAUCCCCCUUUUUUGCAUAGUAUCCUUAGCUACCUAAGGUAGUAUUUACAUUAUUUCCCGCUUUCCCAAAACUACAUAUAUACCUACACACAUCACCAUCAUCAUGGCCCGUCACAGAGUUACAGGGAAAUCCGGUCCCGCCAAGAAGGCCAAAGACGGUAGUCCGCCGGUUCCGUUCAAACGGCCGCCCGAGGUUCUGCAACCACUGGUCGAGACACUGGACGAGAAGCACGUGUACAUCACGCACAUCGACAGCCACCCGCGUGGCUUCAAGAGCAAGAUAUUUGCCGUGCCAGUGCUCAUGAACCUUGGCAUUGUCGCCUUGUUCGUCUACCGCAUCUAUCGCAUCUUCCCGUACUAUUUACUCAUCUUCGCCUCUGUGCUCGGCUACCCCAACGAGACCACCAUGGUCGUUGAUGAAAUGGAAUGGUCCGAGAUUGUCCCAGAGGUCGCCACGCGCGCUUUCUCUUUCAUGCUGGACUUCGUGCUGGUAGCCUUCGUUUGGCCUUGGCCGCUUGAGUUUGUUUUGGGUCAUGGAUACGGCAACCCCGUCUCCUGGCGCCUCAACGUUGGUUUUCGCGAUCGUGAGAUCGUAGUAAGGCGCAGCAGAAAAUGGGAUGAAAAGAAGGGCGAUGUGGUAAAUGACGCGAGUGCCAAGACCAUGUUUUUGUCGCGCAUCGGCACCGCAACAGCACCGAUGCAGAUUAACGAGAAGACGGGCUACAUGCUUAUGAAUGCGGACUGGGAUUUGGACUGGGCAGCUAUGGUUGAUGCUACUACGAUGAUAGACAAGAAAAUGGCGGCGAUCGAGGCUUUCAAGACAGUGGUCCUACUAUUCCACGAAGAGUUUGGGUGGCUCUGCGUGGACAUGAAGGUUGAUAAUAACAUUGAAGAAGAUGACAAGAGACGGCACGUGUUCGCUUUUAGAGAUGCCCUGGCUGCUGUAGGCAAGGAGGACCUGUUCUAUCGCUGGAUCGAGAUCGUCCAAUUCGAAUCAUCACAGCCAGGGGGAUUCACCUCCGAGAAACAGGAGAAAGUUGCGGACCAAAUCAGGGAAAUGUUUAGCAAACAAGGCAUCAACUUUGAUGACCUUUGGAAGGAGAGCACCGGGCAGGGUGCAUAAAUGUAUCGUAUCAUAAGGGUAAUGUGAUAGAAUAAUUCGGAUUAGACAUGCGGAUUUAUACGUACUGUGAUCUUACUGUAAAUGUAACAAAGUUUGUUGGGUAUUAGCAGCGUGAG